UCCCAAAUUUCUAUUGUCUAAUUGUACUUGUAUAUUCUUGUAACCUUUGAUCAUGUACGGGUAAAUGAUGUAUACGGGAUUAGUUCUUAGGCUAUAAGCUAGCAAAAUUGGAGAUAGUAUUAAUUUUGAUCAUUUAAGAUACUUUGGCAACCAAAAUUGACCACUGAGGAGAGAGAUUAAAAAAGACAAUUUCAUGAAGUAUGUGUUAUUUUUGGAUUUGUUAAGUUGCUUUGAUUUUUCAUAAGAAUUUGAGUGGGGUAGGUUAAAAAGAAAUUCAAAUCCACUCCAAAUACCAGUAGAUAGGGACUAAUUUCGUCUCUUUGAAGCUAAGACAAACCCCACAAAAUACGCUAUACCAUGGAUUAAUUUUGACAAAAGAUUAUGUCUUUAUCAAAAUUAUUAGCCUAACAAUUAGAUCUAAUACAACUUGGCUUAGCUCAAUUGAAGUUGAGGUGUUGAGAGCUUGGCAAUCUCACCAAAAUACCCCUUUUCAGUUUUCACCUCUCUCUAGUUAGUAUAAAGUAAGGGGUAUUUUGGUCGUUUCAUGGCGCCGACGAAUUUUGCACUCUAAGUGCCUUUGAUUAGCCUAAAAGGUGAACAUAUAUAAGUAUCAAUCAAAGUGACUAUGAUGUCUAAACCUCUAACAAUAUUGUUGGACAAAAAAAGAUUUGAUCUUUCAUGUGGAAAGGAUGAUAUCUUCACAAUUUUUACUGCUUUAGAUGACACUUGGUGGGGCUUUGUAAUAGUUUCUGUAGUGAUUGAUCCAAGUUUGAGUCGAUAUAAGGAACUAUGGUGGAAGAAAAAGAAAAGGAGAAUAUGGUGGAUGAUCAGACAGCUGAAAAGUGGUUAUCACAUGCCCAGGAGCUAGUUCCUGUGGCACUUAAUAGAGCAAAACAAGUUAAGGGAUUUCCGGGGAGGUGGAAGAUGAUCGUAUCGAAAUUGGAGCAAAUUCCUUCACGUUUAUCGGAUUUAUCCAGUCAUCCUUGCUUCUUGAAGAAUAUGCUUUGCAAGGAGCAAUUACAGGCUGUAUCAAAAACGUUGAAUGAGACAGUUGAGUUAGCUGAUAUGUGUAUUCGAGAGAAGUACGAAGGGAAACUCCGUAUGCAGAGUGAUCUUGAUUCAUUGUCAGGGAAAUUAGACUUGAAUCUUCGAGAUUGCGGUCUGCUGAUCAAGACUGGGGUCCUCGGUGAGGCUACGAUGCCUUCCGUUUCAUCAUCAAGCUCCGAAUCAGAUCAGACAGCUCACAGCAACAUAAGAGAGUUACUUGCCCGCCUUCAAAUCGGGCACUUAGAAGCAAAACACAGGGCACUUGACACGCUUGUUGAGAUCAUGAAGGAGGAUGAAACGAAUGUAUUAUCUGUUUUAGGAAGAAGCAAUAUCGCCGCGUUAGUGCAGCUUCUGACGGCGACUUCUCCAAGAAUCCGGGAGAAAACGGUGACUGUUAUAUGUUCAUUAGCAGAGUCAGGGUCCUGUGAGAAUUGGUUGGUUUCAGAAGGAGUACUACCGCCUCUUAUAAGGCUAGUAGAAUCAGGCAGCUUAGUUGGGAAAGAAAAGGCUACAAUCUCUCUCCAAAGACUGUCAAUGUCACCUGAAACAGCUAGAGCUAUCGUUGGACAUGGUGGUGUUAGACCCUUGAUUGAAAUGUGCAGAGCAGGUGAUUCUGUGUCACAAGCUGCAGCUGCUUGCACAUUGAAGAACAUAUCAUCUGUUCCUGAAGUCAGACAAACCCUUUCUGAGGAAGGGAUUGUUAAAGUGAUGAUCAAUCUUCUAGAUUGUGGGCUUUUGUUAGGAUCGAAAGAAUAUGCAGCUGAAUGCUUGCAGAAUCUCACUGCAAGCAACGAAGCCCUUCGAAGGUCGGUUGUUUCUGAGGGAGGGAUUAGGAGUCUACUGGGUUACCUAGACGGGCCUUUACCUCAGGAGUCUGCGAUGGGGGCUUUGAGGAAUUUGGUAGGAUCCAUCCCGAUUGAAUCGCUUGAAUCACUCGGGUUUCUCCCGAGAUUAGUCCACGUGUUGAAAUCCGGGUCAGUAGGAGCUCAGCAAGCUGCUGCAUCAGCAAUUUGUAAGGUUUGUAGCUCAACUGAGGUUAAAAAGUUGGUGGGUGAAACUGGGUGUAUCCCAUUGCUGAUCAAGAUGCUCGAGGCUAAAACAAAUGGUGCUAGAGAGGUUUCUUCACAGGCACUUUCUAGUUUGAUGACACUUUCCCAUAAUUGCAGGGAAGUGAAGAAAGAUGACAAGAGUGUUCCGAAUUUGGUUCAAUUACUUGACUCGAACCCCCAGAACACGGCCAAGAAAUAUGCAGUGUCGUGUCUGCUUUCUCUGUCGUCGAGUAAGAAAUGCAAGAAGCUAAUGGUGUCAUAUGGUGCUAUCGGGUACUUAAAGAAGCUUACAGAGAUGGAUGUUCCGGGCGCCAAGAAGCUUCUAGAGCGUUUGGAAAGAGGGAGACUGAAGAGCAUGUUCAGCAGGAAAUGAGGAAAGAGAGAGCUACGUAAGUUUGCGUCCUUUUACCCUUAAUUUUUCUGGCAUAUGAUGGUGGUCAGGUUUCAUAACCUAUAUGAAACAGAAAAUGGUUUUAAUUGUAAACUAGCUAAUUAAGCGAGUGAUGCGCUAAUGAAGGUGCAACCAUGUACUAUAAUUGUAUCCUCUUAAUAUGUGUGUUAUCUUAGAAUAACUUAUAGUAUUAUCCUGGAAGAAAGUUUCCAGUUACAGCAUCUUAUGUUGUGCUAGUCACUUCCAUUAUAUAAUUGUUCAAUCGUCUGUUCCAGGAUACA